UUUGAGCAUCAGUUGGCAACUGGCAGUUGCCUGCAUUACCAGUGGUGCUGUCUAAUAAUAUUGUGUAUAGGACGCAUUCGAAGACGAACAAAUUCGAAUGUUUCUAUUUAUUCGUUUGUUAUUGCGAAGAUUAAAGUGUAUAACAGCAAACGCGUCAACGUGAAUUUAAAAAAUCCUGUUCAAUAAAAUUCGCAACAAUGAUCAUACCCGUACGUUGUUUUACCUGUGGGAAAGUCAUCGGUAAUAAAUGGGAAGCAUACCUUGGUUUACUACAAGCAGAAUACACGGAAGGAGAUGCUCUUGAUGCUUUGGGAUUAAAACGAUAUUGCUGUCGCAGGAUGCUCCUUGGGCACGUGGAUUUAAUUGAAAAACUUCUGAAUUAUGCACCAUUAGAAAAGUAAAUGUUUCACAAAAUUCUUAUUUCCAUAUUUCAUACUAAUAUAUAUAUAUUGCUACAUAAUUGUUUGAAUUAAUUAAACAAAUUCGUACAAUUCUAAAACAAAAUAUGUAUGUACAUAUCGGAACUAUAUAAAUAGUCUAGAAAUGGUGUUAUUUUCCUCUUGCAAAUGAUUACACCACACUCUGAAUUUUAUAUGUAGAACUAGGAGAAAUAAAAUA